AUGCAGCCCCGAGCCGCCUCCCCAGGGCCGAACCCCGGGGGUGGGAUUCAGGCGCCAGAGAGCAGCGGGUUGACAGGCCUCGCUUGCCCCUUGCAGCAGGACCAGGGUGAAAAGGAGAAUCCCAUGCGGGAACUUCGCAUCCGCAAGCUCUGCCUCAACAUCUGCGUGGGCGAGAGCGGAGACAGACUGACCCGCGCGGCCAAGGUGCUGGAGCAGCUCACCGGACAGACCCCCGUCUUCUCCAAAGCUAGAUACACUGUCAGAUCUUUUGGGAUCCGAAGAAAUGAGAAGAUUGCUGUCCACUGCACUGUCCGUGGAGCCAAGGCAGAAGAAAUCCUGGAGAAAGGGCUGAAGGUGCGAGAGUACGAGUUACGAAAAAACAACUUUUCUGAUACUGGAAACUUUGGUUUUGGGAUCCAGGAACACAUUGAUCUGGGAAUCAAAUAUGACCCAAGCAUUGGUAUCUAUGGCCUGGACUUCUACGUGGUGCUGGGUAGGCCAGGUUUCAGCAUCGCAGACAAGAAGCGCAGGACAGGCUGCAUUGGGGCCAAGCACAGAAUCAGCAAAGAGGAGGCCAUGCGCUGGUUCCAGCAGAAGUAUGAUGGGAUCAUCCUUCCUGGCAAAUAAUUUCCUGUUUUUAUCCAAAAGGCCAAUAAAAAUAUUGCGUGAAAUGUA